AUGUUACGUAGAUAUUUUGGUACAUCAGCUACUAGAUUCCAAACUAUUGGAAACAUCAAAGGAACUCAAUUGAAUGCAACCAAAUACUUGUCAAAGGACUACCAUGUUAUUGACCAUCAGUAUGAUUGUCUUGUCGUGGGUGCCGGGGGUGCUGGGUUAAGAGCAGCAUACGGAUUAUCGGAGGCCGGGUAUAAAACUGCUUGUAUUUCGAAGUUAUUUCCAACUAGAUCACACACGGUUGCAGCUCAGGGGGGUAUAAAUGCUGCGUUGGGUAAUAUGCAUAAGGAUGACUGGCAUUGGCACAUGUAUGAUACCGUGAAGGGAUCAGAUUGGUUGGGAGAUCAAGAUGCUAUCCAUUACAUGACCAAGGAAGCCCCUGCCUCGAUCUACGAAUUAGAAAACUAUGGUGUUCCAUUCUCCAGAAACGAAGAAGGCAGAAUCUACCAAAGAGCAUUUGGUGGACAAGCGAAAGAAUUCGGUAAGGGAGGACAAGCAUACAGGACUUGUGCUGUUGCAGACAGAACUGGACAUUCAUUAUUGCACACAUUAUACGGGCAAUCCUUGAGAAACGAUACCCAUUUCUUUAUUGAAUUUUUUGCCAUGGAUUUGAUGAUGCAGGACGGUGAAUGUAUUGGUGUUAUCGCGUAUAACCAAGAGGACGGUACAAUUCAUAGGUUCCAAGCGCACAAGACAAUUAUUGCUACCGGUGGUUACGGAAGAACCUAUUUCUCAUGCACAUCAGCACAUACGUGUACCGGUGACGGUUUCGCUAUGGUCUCUAGAGCUGGCUUACCAUUAGAAGACAUGGAAUUCGUCCAAUUCCACCCAUCUGGUAUUUACGGCUCUGGCUGUUUGAUCACUGAAGGUGCAAGAGGUGAAGGUGGGUUCUUGCUUAAUUCCGAAGGUGAAAGAUUUAUGGAACGUUAUGCUCCACACGCUAAAGACUUGGCAUCAAGAGAUGUGGUUUCUCGUGCCAUGACUUUGGAAAUAAACGAGGGCAGAGGUGUCGGUAAGGAAAAGGAUCACAUCUACUUGCAAUUGUCUCACUUGCCUCCGUCUGUAUUGAAGGAAAGAUUACCAGGUAUUUCUGAAACUGCGCAUAUUUUCGCGGGGGUUGAUGUCACCAAGGAGCCAAUUCCAAUUUUGCCUACCGUCCACUACAAUAUGGGUGGUAUUCCAACUAACUAUAAGACGGAAGUUUUGAAGAAGGGUGCUGACGGAAAGGAUGAAAUUGUCCCAGGAUUGUUCGCUUGUGGUGAAGCUGCAUGUGCCUCCGUCCACGGUGCCAACAGAUUGGGUGCAAACUCAUUAUUGGACUUGGUUGUGUUCGGAAGAGCCGUCGGUCACACUAUCAGCGAGCAAUUGACUCCUGGUACACCUUUCAAGCCAUUGGAUGAGCACAUGGGUAAGGAAUCGAUCGAAAACUUGCACCAUUUGAGAACAGCCGACGGUAGCCAGACGACCGCCUCUAUCAGAGCAGAAAUGCAGAAAACUAUGCAAAAAGGAUGUGCUGUCUUCAGAACACAAGACUUAUUGGACCAAUGUGUCGAAGACAUCGACAAGAUCGACAAGACCUUCGAACACGUGAAGACUACCGACAGAUCGAUGAUCUGGAACUCGGACUUGGUCGAAACAAUGGAAUUGCAAAAUUUGUUGACCUGCGCUACCCAGACCGCAUAUUCAGCUGCUGCUAGAAAGGAAUCAAGAGGUGCCCACGCAAGAGAUGAUUAUCCAAACAGAGAUGAUGAAAACUGGCGUAAGCACACCUUGUCCUACCAGAAAAACUUCGGUGAUAAGGUUGAAUUGGAUUACAGAGAUGUUGUUAGAACAACCUUGGAUGAAAGCGACUGUAAGCCCGUGCCUCCAGCAGUUCGUGUUUACUAA